AGGGAGACAUAGAGAGGGUCAGAGGGUUAUCUCUCAGUAAUUUCGCUGCUCUUUCUUUUUCUCACUUCUGCUUUUAGGAACAAACAAGGAAAAGUCUUGCCUCUGUAAAUACUCUCCUCCUAUUCACAACAAAUAUUUUCUAGGGUUUCAGUUGUAGAUGUCAUCACUUGUUUGUAUCAAUAAUCAACGUAUUCAUCUUCUUUCCUAAAAGGGCGAUUUUUAUUGAUUUUUCUUAGAUUCAUUAAUAUGGAUUCUGAUUCAUGGAGUGAUAGUUUAUCCACAUCAAAACGUUACCAAUCAAGAAACGAUUUGUAUAAUGCUUAUGAAGAAUAUGAUAGUGAUGAUGAACCAGUUCUACCAAUGACUGAAUUCCCAUGUCCCUUCUGUUCUGAAGAUUUUGAUAUUAUUGGAUUGUGUUGUCAUAUUGAUGAUGAGCAUCCUGUCGAGGCCAAAACUGGGGAAUGCCCAGUUUGUGGAUUGCGGGUAGGGAUGGACAUGAUUGCGCAUAUAACAAUGCAGCAUGGGCAGUUCUUUAAGAUUCAGCGCAGGAAAAAACUCUCAAGUAAAGGUGGAUCUCUUUCAACUCUCUCUCAAUUGAAGAAGGAACUGCGAGAAGGAAACUUGCAAUCCCUUCUUGGAGGUUCGUCUGGAUCAGUUUCUAGUGUCGCACCUGAUCCGUUGUUGUCUUCAUUUAUGUACAAUAUGCCUACAAUCGAGGAGCCUGCAAGUGUAAACUCCCAGUCUUCUGAUGAAUCCAACACAGUGGAGGAAACUUCGGAUGAGCACCUGCAGGAAAGAAACGUUGAACCAUCUCCUCCUCUUUCAGACAAGGAUCAAGAGGAGAAGGCUAGCAGGUCUCAGUUUGUACAGGGAAUGUUGCUAUCCAUGAUGUUUGAUGACAUCUUAUGAAGCGUUAUUCUAGUCUGAUGAAUAAUAUUGGUUCAUGUUGACAUCUAGAUGCAGAGAGGGGAGAGUUGAAGUGGCUUACACGCUCCAAUUGGAUAGAUCACCCAGGAUGUAGUAUAAGUUAUAUAUAUGUUGGUACAAGUUGUUGAAACAGACUCUAUCAUUUGUUUUAGUAGAGAUACUGUUGUGUAUAACGGAAGUGAAAACAAACUUGUUUCCCACGUUCUUGCUCAUCUCUUUCUUCAACUUCGUGAGUUUAAAGUAGAUUGCAGUCGUACACAGUGAAAUAACAAAAAACUGAAGAAAGUAAUCUUAAUUCUAA